AAAGACAAGCAAGGCUUGGAAUCCGAGCGCAGGCAGAGAGAGUGGAAAUUUACAGCUGCCCUGUGUGAGCGUUCAAGUGGUCAUUUUCUGCUAACGUUUUCCCGUGGUAACUGUUACUCUUCAAAGAGAGACAGAAAGUCAAGUCCGGAUUGUGGAAACUUUUUCUCAUGUGUUAGUGAUAGGAGGUCCCGUCUAUUAAAUGGGAGAUUCAGGCUGCUUCAUCUAAAGAGCAUUGAGCUAAGGAGAGAGCUGUCUUCAGCACCUCACCAUGUAUCGACUUUUUGUGGCUUAGACAAGCCUGGACUGUGUAACAGUUGCAUUCCAUAUUGGAAGAAGAGAUCACUAUAGAUGAAGAAAAUGCCUUUGUUUAGUAAAUCCCAGAAAAAUCCAGCAGAAAUUGUGAAAACUCUGAAAGAUAAUAUGGCCAUUUUGGAAAAACAAGACAAAAAGACAGACAAGGCUUCCGAAGAAGUGUCGAAAUCACUGCAAGCAAUGAAAGAAAUUCUGUGCGGUACAAAUGAGAAGGAGCCUCCGACAGAGGUGGUCGCUCAGCUGGCGCAAGAGCUGUACAACAGUGGGCUGCUGGUGACCCUCAUCGCCGACCUCCAGCUGAUAGACUUUGAGGGAAAAAAGGAUGUGACACAGAUAUUUAACAACAUCCUGCGAAGACAGAUCGGCACUCGGAGCCCGACGGUGGAGUACAUUAGUGCUCAACCUCACAUCCUCUUCAUGCUCCUCAAAGGGUACGAAGCCCCACAGAUCGCCUUACGUUGUGGGAUCAUGCUGAGAGAAUGUAUUCGAUACGAGCCGCUUGCCAAAAUCAUCCUCUUUUCUAAUCAGUUCAGAGAUUUCUUUAAGUAUGUGGAGUUGUUAACAUUUGAUAUUGCUUCAGAUGCCUUUGCUACUUUUAAGGAUUUAUUAACCAGACAUAAAGUGUUGGUAGCAGACUUCUUAGAACAAAAUUAUGACACUAUUUUUGAAGACUAUGAGAAAUUGCUUCAGUCUGAGAAUUAUGUGACUAAGAGACAAUCUUUAAAGCUGCUCGGGGAACUGAUCCUGGACCGCCACAACUUUGCCAUCAUGACCAAGUACAUCAGCAAGCCUGAGAACCUCAAGCUGAUGAUGAACCUCCUUCGAGACAAGAGUCCCAACAUUCAGUUUGAAGCCUUCCAUGUCUUCAAGGUGUUCGUGGCCAGUCCUCACAAAACACAGCCUAUCGUGGAGAUCCUGUUGAAGAACCAGCCCAAGCUCAUUGAGUUUCUGAGCAGCUUCCAGAAGGAGAGGACAGAUGAUGAGCAGUUCACCGAUGAGAAGAACUACCUGAUCAAGCAGAUUCGAGACUUGAAGAAAACAGCCCCGUGAAGACCUCGCCUCGUUUCUUGCAACACUCACUGUCUCACUUGUUGUUUGUACAAAAUGUGUCAUUUCAAAAAAGUGAUCGUUUGGGGGAAGGCUUAGGAGGUGCCUAUAUUUUGCUCAAUUCAUUGUUUGUGGUAGAUGAAAUAUAAAAACAUUUGAAUGAAAACAAAUUAACCUAGAAUAAUAUAUUCAUUUUAAUCAAGUCUGUGAUUAUUUAUGUGAAAUCAGAACAAUUGUGUUAGACGUUGAUGAAAACAGUUGUAACCCUUUGCUGGCAGAAGGCGGCAGGGCUGUGGACUCCUACAGCUGAGCUCUCAGGCCGGGUGGAAGCAUCGCUGAACCCUUAGGAGGCAGGCCUCAGAUAACUGGCCUGGGGAAUUGGUACAAAAUUGCUUGCGCGUUUGCACUUAAGAGAAAUUUAUUUAAGGCUCUCGUUUCUGGUCAUAAUCUUGUGUCCUGCCCAUCUCUUUGUGCUGUAACUGAUUUCCUAGGAAAUCAACGCCCACCUCCUUGUUCAGCCUUCCUUUUUGAUCUCUUUCCCACAUUUCAUUACAGUGGAUCUUUUCAGCUUAACUCCUGUGCACCACCCCCACCCCACCCUCCACCCCCCCACAGACACACACACAAACACACACACACACACACACACACACACACACACACACAUGCACGGAUGCUCACAACACUUCAUUCUGUAGUCAGGUUAUCCUGGAACCAACUAAGUACGAUGAAUGAACAAAUGUCAGAGGCAGACCCUGGGAGGUGGCCUGAGUAAAUUGCACACUUCAUGCAUCAUUGCCGGGGUACUGUUUUUGUGGGGAAAGUGUACAAGUGUGCUCUAGAGGCCUAGCAUGCAGAAAACCAGGGGUCAAAAAGGUGGUGCAGGUCUGUAGACCAAUUUAAUAAACAAGGGCACGUUGGAAGGGCAAAUGAUGAUAAAAAGUUCUCAAGCUUUUGGGGAUGGGUUUCGUUUUGUUUUCAGCUUAUUUUCAAACUAGUGGCCACUCCAGUUUUCCAUUAAGAGUCUUCAGUAAACAAGUAGAAAGUCUACCAAUUUUAGUCCCCAAUAUUCUCGUGUAUACCAGAAUGAUUAGGGAGUUCAUUUGAGUUCCUUAAAAAACACAAAUACAUAAAUAAAACCAACAAGAAUAAAUGUCGAUGUUGUUUGAAAUAAGAUUGAAAACAAACAUUUUCAGACAUCAUGUGUCAAAUAGGAUUCUAAAGGUUAGAUUUACACGCCAUACAAGGGGCAUUUUUUCCCACCAUUUCUCUUCCAAAUCAUGAUUUGCUGCGUUCCGUAGAGGCCCUCUGUCCUUGUCACAGUAUCGGGUGCUGUGUUCUCAGCCCUCUGGGAGCUCAGAGUGUCACCUGGUUUCAUUCUCCGUAGCUUGUCGCAGGCCCUGCGUCCUCCACCCUGUCCCCCGCCUUACGGCAACUUUGGCCCGGCCAGUGCGGGAGACAUUUGGCAGCGUCAACCUUCAACCUUUGUUCUCCAGUUACUGCAGUCAGAUUAUUUUAUUACAGUCCCUAACAUUGUGAGUCUCUUAAAAUCGACCUUUCUGCUUUUCCUACCUUGCUUAGAGAGAGGACAGGAAAUGUAUUUUUUAAAAAAGAAGAAGGUACAAUGACCACUGAACAUUUUUCUCAGUCUUCUUUAAGGACACAUGUUUUUCCCAUGAGCAAGCAAAGGCCCUACACAAUUCUUUGAUUAUAAACUGGCGGAAACAUCUGCUUUCCCAGGGACUUGGCCUGGUGGUUCUUUAUCCUCGUUUCGUACCUGUCAGCCAGAAAGCCGAGCCUGAGAAGCAGAGAAGGAAGUAGCCAAGGUUUUGUUGUGAUACAGAUUUGUAAAGCAGUCACGUGAAAAGGAUGGGCAAGAAGCUCACUGUCCAAAUAUGUUUGCACAAAAUUCGCUGUAAAUAUUGAGUUGAAUUUUUAAAAGGUCCUAUUUAAUAAGCUAUUUCGAAAGCACACAUUUAAAUAAAGAUGGACUAAAUAAAAGCGUGCCACAUA